CUCGUCGCGCCGCGCCGGCCGCUCGGCGCUUGGAUCCACGGUGGCUUCUCGCUCCCUCAGUCGACGCGUGUCUCCUCGACCGGCAUAGUCGUCGUCCGCUGUCCCUCUAGCUCCAUAGCCUCAAACCCCGCAACUAACUUGUUUAUAAACAUUCCCGACGCUGCCUUCUCGAAAUUAAUUUUUGCGCCUCCCUCCGCGGAUCCGCCCUAAUCACACUCAAGUUUUGUGCCGAGACAUUUUUUCACUUCCCCAACUUUCUCCGUAGAUUUCCUGUGAAAAGUUCGAAGUUUAGCUCCUGGAAGUUUAGUGAAGUCGGUGUUUAGUGGUUGAUAUCCUUGGACAGUUAAGAGUAACGAAAUGGAUUUUUUUUUCUGGGCAAUGAAACCUAGCUGUUUGUGCUGAAAAAGUAUGACGAUGUCUUAUUACAUCCUACUUUUUUCUUUACAAUCGGCAUCAAGUAUAGGAAAUGAACCUCCUUCUGUACUCAGAGCACCCUACCGACACAUCAUCGCAAAAUGAACAUCCUCGCCGAAUGAAAGUUCCUCCUUUCCGAUCGUAACAAAUCAACAUCUGUGUAUGCUGAACUGAAAUGGGAGAAGUGGUCGGGAAUUUCAGUCGACUAGAGCUGAGCACCGAGUAUUUCAUGGUACCUACAACGACGACGGCAGUGCCCACAUUUCCCAGCGUCUAUCGAAGUCCAGCACCGGCUCACCCCACGCUACUCCGCCAGGAUGUCUGGGUACCACCUCUUCUCAUCCUAUCCUCCCUCAAUAUGCUCCUCAUCGCUUUGUUCGAGGUGUUCGUUUUGUGUAAAACAUGGCAAACUAUUCCAAGCCGGAGGCAUUUAUUUCUCGGACAAAUGUUGCUACUCGGCCUGUUCCUAUGUUCCUGUAUUGCCGCUGUGCUCACUGCUCAACCCUCAAUAUUCACCUGUGCUCUUGUUCGAAUAGGCACUGGUUUAGGUUAUUCGUUAGUGUUUUCAACUUUAUUAGUCAAAUGCGUGUUCUUGAUUAGUCUCAACGGCGGCGUGUAUCUGCCAGCCCCGUAUCAGGCGCUGUUGCUGUUUUUCGCCGUCCUCAUUCAAAUUGCCAUCGGCGCCCAGUGGAUCAUCAAUGCGCCCCCGAAAGUUAUUCAGUCGGAAUACGGGUACGAGACCUGUCACACCCCGUACCACCACCUGCUACUCUCGCUGAUCUACGUGGUGUUCCUGAUCGUGGUGGUGGCGGUGCUGUCGGUGAAGUCGCGGGCCAUCCGGGACAACUACCGCGAGGCGAUGUUCAUCGCGGUGGCCGUGUUCUGCAUCAUCCCGGUCUGGAUGAGCUGGACCAUCAGCGGCCUCUUCACGAUCGAGAAGAACCGCGACGCCUGCAUCUCCUUCGGGCUCAGCGCCUCCUCCACGCUCAUCUUCCUCAUCAUGUUCAUGCCCAAGGGUCGGCAGCUGGCCGCCAUGGGCCGCGACGGCAUGUACCUCGAGGACCGCGACGACAAGUUCAGCUCCCUCUCCGGGGCGGCCUCCCCCUCCUUCUUCCACUUCAAACCCGUCAAAACCAACUUCAUACCCAACAAAGGCCAUUCCAUCAACACCUUCGGCGCGAAAAACCCGCUCUUUUAUGAUGAUCGUGUGGCACUCGUAGCUGCACCGCCAAGUUAUGGGCACCAUUACUACCCUUAUUGUUAUUACCCUCAUCCUCUUCUCCAUACACACACACGCAGUCCACCAGGUAGCGGAGUGAUCGAUGCCAGCGUAUAUACAUCGGUCGAACCAACUCUGUCUAGUAAUCCGAACGUAUUCUUCCAUCGAACUGGCAUUCACCCAGGAAUGAUGUAUUGACAUUUACCACGUCUUAUCAUGUUACCACGUGCUCAAUUAAGGAAACAAAACGAUACUCAGUAGUAGUAUAGAUUAGUUCUUCGAAAACUUGCCCUUCGUCCGGUGACGUGGCAUGUUUUGCGAUACAUCGAUCGAUCUGCUAUUUAAACCUAUGGAAAAGGAUCGAAAAACAGGGUGUUCGCAACGAACUCCUUGAUAAUCGAUUCUUUACCAUGGUUUCUUAUGGGGAAAUAUCGAUAGUCAUUCACGCCUCGCCACUGCCCUUGUCUCAAUGUAAGUAAAGCGUUUUUAAGUCUCAGUAAUGCGCCACACUGCCUUACCGAGGGAACUUUUCAUAUUGAAUUGGACUUGUCACUACGGGCCUUUUUGAGCCUCUUUUUGGCUCGAAUCCUCAUGAAAUUAUGCAAUGGAUUAGAUUGAUGAGCGAGACUUUCAGAAUGUCCUUGCGUUGAUUGAUUUCAAGCUCUCAUCAAUUUUAAUUCUGUCUCGUUUCAAAAAAGCUGAUUUCCAAGCGCUUGUGGAACAAGGACACUAACGUUUUAUUGAAAUAUUUUGCGUUGACUAAUUUUUUUCUUUCAUGAAAAGUGAAAAAAACUUAAAAGGCUAGGAAACUUUUUUUCUACAAAGGAAAAAUUUUCACUGCCAUUCCACAUGACCGAGAUGCUACCCCUUACGCACAAUAUAUAAAUAUUUGUUUUCAUUUCUUCAAUGGAAUUUUCGUCCUGAAAUAGAAUCACAUCUCCAAUAGCCCUUAUUCUCUGACAUUAAUUUUGAAAGAGAUUCGGCAGGUACUUCUUGAUUGAAAAGUAUUUAGUUAAAAUUAAAAAAUUAUAGUGAUAUUUUGUAAAUAUUUUCCAUUCGUGUGAUGAAAAAUGACUGAGUUUGCUAUAGUUCACAGACCAAUAUUACAAGGACGAUUUCAAUGUUAAGUUGGUGAAGAUA